CCGCAAAGCACAUUCGUUGCUCCAACAGUGCGCAACAAGUUCUCCCAACUCUCCGGAAAUUGGCCACUUCGGGUUUUCUGUUCAAAUAACGACACAGUGCAUACAAGUACGUGAGUGAUAGACAACAAGCAACAUGUCCAGCCCAGUGGGUCCCGAGCCCUGCAACCUGGUGUGCCCCAGCUGCCGCCAGCAGGUUACCACACGCCUGGAGCCAAAGGCCACCACCAAGACGCACCUGAUAGCACUGAUCAUGUGCCUCACUUGCCUCUGGCCCUGCGCCUGCUGCCUGUACUGCACCCAGUGCGCCAGGAACACUAACCACUACUGCCCAUCCUGCAACAACUUUGUGGGCACCUAUGAGCGCUAGACAGGAUCUUUCGCCCAGCCGGAAAUUGAUGCAUUUGCCUAGCUUUAGCAGCCAAGUCAAAAUGCAGGACGAAACUUCAUACUAAUUCCGUAGUUACCUCUCUCUCCCACACACACACCACACACACCAACACACAUUUAAUCUUACGCAAUAUUUUGAUGUCAGGCAAAAAAUUGUAGUAACAUUUUAGGCUUUUGUAAUCCCAGCACAGCAAUAAAAAUAAAAUAAAGAUUCAA